AUGUCUGAUUUAAGGUCUGCUGUAUACGUCGCACCUCCAAUCCCACUUCAGGCUGCAGAUCCGGCAGCGAAGGGAGGUGUCUGGUCCCCCAUUUCCUGCACUCUGAUCUACACCUCCACGGAAGCCGUCUUGGUAGACACUCCGAUUACGAUCCAGCAAACCAACGUCCUGAUUGCAUGGAUCGAGAAAAUUGCACCAAAGCGAAGUUUGACACACAUAUACAUAACGCACGGCCAUGGAGACCAUUUCUUUGGCAUCCCGCUUAUCCUCAACCGCUUUCCCGAGGCAGUUCCAGUGGCUACGCCGGCCGUCAUCAGACACAUGGAACAACAAAUCGAGGAACAGGUAUUCUCUACAAUGUGGAGAUCUCGUUUUCCUGGACAAAUCUACGAGCCUCAAUCCACUGCAUCUAUCAAGCCUCUCCCAGAAGAUAACAGAUUUCUGAUAGACCGUCGGUAUGAAUUGCAGGCCAUCGAGGUCGGCCACUCUGAUACCCACGACUCCACCAUCUUAUGGGUGCCCGAUCUCAAACUUGCAGUGUGUGGGGAUGUUGUCUAUGGCCAGGUGCACCAGAUGCUUUACGAAGCAAAUACACAGGCGAAGCGUGAGGCCUGGAUCAAGGCCAUUGGGGUUGUGGAGGAUCUGAAGCCAUCCUACGUUGUCGCUGGACACAGACAAGCGGAAGAAAUCGAUGGCGUGUGGCACUUGGCGGCGACCAGGAAGUACAUUGAGGAUUUUGGAAAGGCGCUGGCGAAGAACCCCAAAGAUGCAAAGGAGCUUUUUAACGAGAUGGUCAAAUUAUAUCCUGACAGGUUCAACCCAGCCGCACUGAAAAUGGGUUGCAUCGGUGCGUUUCUUAUUCCGAAAGAAGUCCGUCUCUAG